AGGAUGGGUCUCAAAGAAGACAUGCUAGCGAUGGGGUUUGGGGAGAACAGAACAGUAAGAGCCCUCAGAGCAGUUCAGUACAACUCAAUGGAACGAGCGAUAGCUUGGUUAGAAAAUCACGAGAAUGACGCAGACAUAGACGAUCCCAUAGAGGAGUCAGGAGGGAACGUUUUAGGCAGUGCCAGCGAGCCCGGACAGACUCAAAGCGUACAGGAAGAAGCCACUUCCGAAAUAACACCAGAAGAAAGGGCUGCUAAAGCUGCUGAGGUCCAGCGUAAAAUAGCUGAGAGGAGGAGAAUUGUAGAGGAGAAGGACAAGCAAGAUGCCAUUAUGAGGGAAAAGAUCAGACGGAAGGAAGGGCAGUCCCUGGGGGAGAUGAGAGAGAAGCGAGACAGAGAUGAUGCUAAAGCUCUUGCGGAGGACAGGAGACGCCAGAAAAUAGAAGAUGAGAAAGCAAGGAAGGCAGUGCUGGACAAGAUCAAACAAGACAGAAUGAACAAAAUGAAGGCGAAGGAAACUGCGAAUAAAGAAGAAGUAGCCCCACAACCAGCUCCCCAAGCCGCCGCCCCACAACCCGCUAAAGAGUAUGAUGAGUGCAGAUUGCAACUACGCCUUCCCACCGGCCAAGCACUAGUAAACUCCUUCAAAGCAGAAGACACACUCGGUGACGUAGUGGCCUUUGUACGUGACACAGCAAAACUCGACACUUUUGGUCUUAUGACGUCAUUUCCCAGAAAACAGUUUCAACCAUCAGACUACGGGUUCAGUCUGAAAUCUCUUGGUUUAUGUCCCUCUUCGGUGGUUAUCGUAUCUAAGCAAUAGUACUGAUACGAUGAGGCUGAGGGUCAUAUUUGUAUUAUGAUAGCCCGAAUUUUAUUUAAUUGUUUUGUAAAUUAAAUUUGUCAUUAUGUUAUUAGUUUAAUCCAUUGCUUAUUACAUAUUAACAUUC